AGGGUUAGGGUUCGGGUACCCUACUCGUUGACAUCCCUACAGAUGGAUUUAAUAAAUAUCAGUAAAUUAUGGAUCAUUAUGGUAUGACACGUCAGGUUAUUCAUGUCUCAUUUUGCUCUCAUUUCCUCAUUUUACAACUAUAUUCUCUUUACCAUCCAUGGUUGAUUUGCUUUUAAAUAUCUUUUAUUUAUGCUCUUUUGGCCUUUUGGGUGUGCUUCUGUGGAUGUGCUUGUGGCUAUUUUGGCGAUGUGGGGAUUGUGGUUCAAAGUUGCUCAAGGAAAAGGGGCUUCUACCAGAACUCAGCCUUGAAGUAGACAACAUUGUGUGUGCUCUGGAUUAUGAUCUUCAAGGAGUAGCUGCUACAGUUGCUACUAAACUCAGGGGAAAAGGCCAAAGUGUUGACUUGGUCUUGGAGAGCAAACCGCUUAAAUGGGUGUUCAAACGAGCUGCACGGGCAAAUGCAGAAAGACUAAUAUUGGUAGGAAAUACUGAGUGGCAAAAGGGUAUGGUUGGUGUAAAAAUCCUUUCUUCUGGUGAACAAUAUGAGAUUAAGCUGGAUGAACUAGAGUGAAAAAGAUGACUCAUUUGGCAAUUUCUAUGUUCAUGCUGAAUGGACAUGUUUCUCAGUUUUGUCAAUUCAAUUAUUUUUCUCCAACUUUACGUGAUCCUUGUGGCCGGAAAAAGAAAAACCCUUUAUGUGCAACCUGUAUGUAUUUUGAGAUAUUAAUAAAAUCUAUUUAUUUA